CUCCUCUGCCUCCCAGUUCCAAACUCCAAAGUUUGUUCCUUUUUUCAGACCAACGCCAUGGCUUCCUUAGCAACCUUAGCUGCCGUCCAGCCGGUCGCCGUAAAGGGUCUCGCCGGAAGCUCCAUUGCCGGAACCAGGCUCCCCCUCAAGCCCUCUCGCCAGAGCUUCAGACCCAAAAACUUCAGGGCUGGUGCUGUGGUGGCCAAGUACGGAGACAAAAGUGUUUACUUUGAUUUGGAGGAUUUGGGCAACACCACUGGACAGUGGGAUUUGUAUGGAUCUGAUGCUCCUUCACCAUACAAUUCUCUUCAGAGCAAAUUCUUUGAAACUUUUGCUGCUCCAUUCACCAAGAGAGGAUUAUUGCUCAAGUUCUUGCUACUAGGUGGUGGUGCCACUCUUGCCUAUUUCAGUGCCACAGCCCCAGAUGAUGUUCUUCCAAUCAAGAAAGGACCUCAACUCCCACCAAAACUCGGGCCGCGUGGCAAGAUCUAAUUCGCUUUCAAAUCCUUUUCUCUGGGUUUUUUGUUGUAUGUAAAUUUUCUCUCUCAACUCUCCUACCAGUAUGUUUUGAAGAUACCAUUUGGGAGUGUUAUUUAAGCAAUUGUUAUUAUGUGAUGAAUGUACUUUUACAAUGUGGCCUUGCCAGUUCCUUUGAAAGACUGAUAAUGAAAUAUGGUUAAAAA